AUGGCAGGCUUCACCGCUGGGGCGCAGACCACCUUCGGGGCCUGGGACUACGGGGUCUUUGCGCUCAUGCUGCUGGUGUCCACAGGCAUCGGGCUGGGGGUCGGGCUGGCACGCGGCGGGCAGCGCAGCGCGGAGGACUUCUUCACCGGCGGCCGGCGCCUGGGGGCCCUGCCGGUGGGUCUGUCCCUGGCCGCCAGUUUCAUGUCAGCGGUGCAGGUGCUGGGCGUGCCUGCCGAAGCCUACCGCUACGGCCUCAAGUUCCUGUGGAUGUGCCUGGGCCAGGUGCUCAACUCGCUGCUCACCGCCACGCUCUUCCUGCCGGUCUUCUACCGCCUGGGCCUCACCAGCACCUACCAGUACCUGGAGCUGCGCUUCUGCCGUGCAGUACGGCUCUGCGGGACAGUCCAGUACCUAGCGGCCACCCUGCUGUACACUGGCAUCGUGAUCUACGCCCCGGCGCUCAUCCUUAACCAAGUGACGGGGCUGGAUAUUUGGGCGUCACUCCUGUCCACCGGCGUCAUCUGCACCUUCUACACGACUGUGGGCGGCAUGAAGGCUGUGGUCUGGACUGAUGUGUUCCAAGUUCUGGUGAUGCUUAUGGGCUUCGGGGUGGUCCUGGCCCGCGGCACUAUGCUCAUGGGCGGGCUUCAGCGAGUGUUUGAGCUUGCCCAGAACCACUCCCGGGUCAACCUGAUGGACUUUAACCCUGACCCACGGAGCCGCUACACAUUCUGGACUUUUGUGGUGGGUGGCACGUUGGUAUGGCUCUCCAUGUACGGCGUGAACCAGGCGCAGGUGCAGCGCUAUGUGGCCUGCCGCACAGAGAGGCAGGCUAAGCUGGCCAUCCUCAUCAACCAGCUGGGCCUGUUCCUGAUUGUGGGGAGCGCUGUUGGCUGUGGCAUCAUCAUGUUCACACUUUACAGCGACUGUGACCCUCUCCUCGCUGGUCGCAUCUCUGCCGCUGACCAGUACAUGCCCCUGCUGGUGUUGGACAUCUUUGACGACCUGCCUGGCAUCCCGGGCCUCUUCCUGGCCUGCGCCUACAGUGGCACACUCAGUACGGCGUCCACCAGCAUCAACGCCAUGGCCGCCGUCACGGUCGAGGACCUCAUUAAGCCGCGGCUGCCGAACCUGGCGCCCCAGAGGCUCGUGAUCAUCUCCAAGGGGCUCUCUCUCAUCUAUGGCUUGUCCUGUCUGACCGUGGCAGCUCUGUCCUCGCUGCUGGGAGGUGGCGUCCUCCAGGGUUCGUUCACUGUCAUGGGCGUCAUCAGCGGCCCCCUGCUGGGGCUCUUCAUCCUGGGAAUGUUUCUCCCGGCCUGCAACACGGCCGGAGCCUUCUCCGGGCUUGGCGCGGGCGCGGCGCUCUCACUGUGGGUAGCCGUGGGUGCCACUCUGUACCCGCCCAGCGAGCAGAGCAUGGGGGUCCUGCCCACCUCGGCCGCAGGGUGCGCGGCGUCGCCAGCCAACGCCUCUGGCCUCCUGGGUCGGUUGCUCGCCUCUAACGCCUCCAGCGGGGCGCCCAGCUCCAGGAUGGACCCCGACCAACCUGCCUUGGCCGACAGCUUCUAUGCCAUCUCCUACCUAUACUACGGCACCCUGGGCACGCUGAGCUCCGUGCUGUGUGGAGCCCUGAUCAGCUAUCUGACCGGCCCCACCAAGCGCAGUGCUGUGGGCCCCGGGCUGCUAUGGUGGGACCUCAAGAAGCAGACAGCGUCAGUGGCCCCCAAAGAGGAAGAGACCCCUCUGGAUGACAACUUGGCUAAGGGUCCCGAGGAACUACCCCUCGGAGACAAGAGGCCCCCUGAUUUCCUGCUCAUCCAGGAGGACCGCCUACUCGGCAUGGGGCAGAAAGAGGUGGAGGUGGCUGGCUCAUUCACCAUCCACAGUGGCCAAGAUGAUGGCCCUGACCUGCGGGAGUCGACUCUCUGA